UGCAACACACUCACCGACGUUGCCCAUUUCUGCAGCCUUCUCUCUCCACUUUCACCCUCUCUCUCUCUCUCUCUCUCUCUCUCUCUUUCUCUCUCUCCUCUGCUACAUCCCGACGAAACUCCCCGCUGUCAAAAGAUUCCCCUCACCCUGUCCUCCCACCUCCUCCUCCUUAUCAUCUCUCUCCUCCCAAUCUCCCUCACAUAUUCUAUCCCCUCUCCUUCUGUUCUUAAUUUCGCUCUAUGCUUACUUUUUUAAAUUCUCGUUCUUUCAAAUUCAAAUUUUAAUAGUACUGGUUGAGAUCUUUUCGAAAUACGCUUUCACGUCUGCGCACUCAUGUCAGGUGAAUUAAAGGUCACAAUCCCCUUAUCCUGCUUGAAUACCUUCCCAAUCCCUCACUCCCACAUACUGUAACACCCCCUUUAAUUUGUUGCUAUAUUUCAUGUAAAAAGCAGCAAUGGGCUGCACAGGCUCCAAGCUCGACGACCUCCCGGCGGUGGCGCUCUGCCGCGACCGGUGUCGGUUCCUGGAGGAGGCAAUACGCCAGAGGUACGACCUCGCCGAAUUCCACCUCUCCUACCUCCACUCCCUCAAGACCGUUGGCGUCUCGCUGAACCGGUUCUUCGACCGGGAUCUGGGGGGCUACGCCGCCGUCGUCGAGCCCCCGUCUCCGGUUCUCAACCUCCCGGCCCAGCGGAAGACGGUCGAUUUCGAAGAACCCUCCGGUUCGCCGCACCGUAAGGCGGGUCACUUCCACUCCCACUCCGAUUCCGGCUCGCACCUCCACUUCCACUCCGGCUCCGAUUCCGACGACUCCGCUGACUCUCCCCUGCACCACCACUACUCAGGGAAUAAUUCCCCCCUGCAUCAUAAUCCUUACGGCCAGAUCGAUUACGCGGAUCACGAAACCCUGGGUUCGUACGAAGAAAACGGGUAUAUGGGUAUGAAUUAUCCUCAAAACCCUAGUUCAUAUCCUCAAAACCCUAGUUCAUAUCCUCAAUAUCCUCAAAACCCUAGUUCAUAUCCUCAAUAUCCUCAAAACCCUGGUUAUUCAUAUAAUAUGAAUAUGAAUUAUAUGAGGAACAAAGCCACGCCGUCGGUGUUGUACGAGCAACGGCCCCUGAGCGCGGAGACCGUACGCAUAGAUGAAUCGCCUUCUUCUUCGUACUAUAAUAAUUACCCUCAAAAGCCUAGUUCUUCUUAUCCCUAUAACGGUCCUCCAAGUUACGGCGCCGGCGGUGGAGGGGGUGGAAUGAAUGGGUUUUUCGGGGGGUCAAAUCCGCAGUACGGUGGUGGUUCUUAUCUGCCGCCUCCGGCGGGGUCGAUUGCGGGACCGUCGGAGGCUUCAAGCUCGAAACAGCCGCCUCCUCCGCCGUCGCCGCCGAGGAGCUCGGCGUGGGAUUUCCUUUACCCUUUUGAGGGUUUUGAGAGCUAUUACCCUCCUUACACGCCGAGUCGGGACUCGAAGGAGUUGAGGGAGGAGGAGGGGAUUCCUGAUUUGGAGGACGAGGAUUAUUCUUCGCAGCAAGAAGUGGUGAAGGAAGCGUAUGGAAAACGCCAGCAGAGGUUUGUUGAUGGUGGGAAAAGUUAUGCCAAAGCAGCAGGGGAUGUUGAAGAAGAAGAUGAUGAUCAUAGGGAUGUUGUGAAGGAUGGGGCGGAUUCGGUGUACCGUAAUAAGAGGCCUAGUGUUGUAAUGGAGAGUGAUCCAGUUGAGUAUGAGGUGCAUAUGGUGGACAAGAAAGUUGUGGAUAAUGAGGAGAGGUCAGUGGAUAGAGGAAAUGUGGCUGCUUUCAAGGCUCCGGUUGAGUUGAGGGGAGACGCUGAAGUUUUGAAGGAAAUUCAGGUUCAGUUCGAGCGAGCUUCGGAGUUGGGGAGUGAGCUUGGAAAGAUUCUUGAAGUUGGAAAAAUUCCGUAUAAGAAACACGGCGGCUAUCAUGUUUCUUCCAAGAUGUUGCAUGUAUUUACACCUUCGUUACCACUAGUAUCAUCUCAGCCUUCUGCUUCUAUAAAUGCCGAGCCAUCCUCUAUUGCCAAUGCCGAUCCUGCUUACUUGGAAAAUGAUGAUGAUGUGGUGGUGAGGUCUGGAAAUCUUUCUUCUACCUUGCAGAAGCUGUACCUAUGGGAGAAGAAACUAUACGAAGAAGUAAAGGUUGAGGAGAAAAUGAGGGUACUCCAUGAAAGAAAAAGUCGUAAGUUGAAAAGUUUAGAUGAAAGAGGUGCUGAGGCCCAUAAAAUUGAUGCUACAAGAACUCUGGUCAGGAGUCUUUCCACAAAAAUAAGGAUUGCAAUUCAGAUUGUUGAUAAGAUAUCUGUGAAGAUAAACAAAUUGAGGGAUGAAGACUUGUGGCCGCAAUUGAAUGAUUUUAUCCAAGGGUUAACUCGAAUGUGGCGAUCCAUGCUUGAAUGCCAUCAAAGCCAACGCCAAGCUAUUUUACAAGCUAGACGAUUGGAUGCUGUUGCAUCCCACAAACACUUCAGCGAUGCACAUCUUGAAGCCACGUUGCAGCUUGAACACGAGCUUCUGGAGUUGACAUUCAGAUUUUCAUGUUGGGUUGGUGCCCAAAAGGGUUUCGUCAGAGCACUGAAUGACUGGCUUCUAAAAUGUCUUCUGUACGAACCUGAAGAAACAGCUGACGGAGUUGUUCCCUUCUCACCUAGUAGAAUAGGUGCACCCCCCAUAUUCGUUAUCUGCAAUCAAUGGUCACAAGCUUUGGGGAAAAUUUCUGAGAAGGAAGUGGUGGAUUCUAUGCGAGAUUUUGCUAAUAGUGUGCUUCAGCUUUGGGAGCGGGAUAAGCAAGAAAUGCGUCAGAGGAUGAUGGCAAACAAGGAUAUGGAGAAGAAAGUUAAAAACUUAGAGAGAGAGGACCAGAAGAUCCAGAAGGGGAUUCAGGCAUUGGACAAAAGGAUUGUUCUGGUGUCUGGGACUGGCGGUGGACUUUCGGUUGGACAUGUGUAUCAGAGUGAAACUAGCAAAACUAGUAGUUUGCAGGUGAGUCUGCAACAUAUUUUUGAAGCCAUGGAGAGGUUCGCUGCAAACAUAUUGAGAACCUAUGAGGAGUUGUUGCAACGUAUUGAGGAGGAUAGAAAAGAGAGACUUGCUCGGGAGAAUGAGGAAGUUUCAUAGCCAUAGGGCAGUGAAUCUGCUUUCUCACUUUUGAGUAAGUGAUUUGGUUCAGCGUUGCAACAUGCAGUCCUCUAGAGAGACUGUCUAGAGCAUGGAAUAUGGAGGGGCAAAUGGUUGAAACUUUAAAAGUGACACUCUCUUGUGGACAAUGUUUGUGCUGGCCUGUGUCUUCGGCCGAUUCUCACAUCAUAGGCCAGGGGGAGGAAGCUGGGGGCUAAGUUAUGGUGUUGAAACUCAUGGCUGGUCUCCUUUGGUGGGUUGUAAUCUGCCUCUGUUCCGUAUUGGUGGCUUGUAUCUUGCUCGAAUUGGAAGGGCCAAAAACAUCUUUGUGGUCUAAAUUCCAAUGGUAAUACACUUCAGCUAAAGCAAGAGAUGGGUCAAUCGUAUCCGAUAAAGAAGCUUCCUUGAUAUGUCAGACUCGUUCGACGAUGAGAGAAUUCAACAGCUGUAGCUGUCCAUAUGGAGGCAAUGCUGUGCAAGAUAUCGACAUAGACUUGUUGUACAAUGGGCCCUUGUUUCUAGCCACCUUAUCAGUGAUCGGUGAUCUAGGAAUGAAGACCGGUUUGGGCACAUGGCCUGCCAAGUCUUGGCGGGAGGAGAUUUACUUCAAAUUUUGCGUUAGGAUAUGACUAGAUGAGGCAUAAGUUCAGGCAUAUUGGCUGUUGUUUAUUAGUGACGCAAGUCAUGGAUAUGCCCGAGCAUCAAAUGUUGUAUAAUAGGAUAGGAACAAUUCUUGUAGUGAUUAGUAAGUUAGUUGAAAUUUAUUGUACAGAAUUCUUUUUAGUUGAUAGUAUCAUAAUGUGAAAUCUGUUAAAUA